AGGCUCCGCGCGGACCAUGUAUUUCCUGAGCGGCUGGCCCAAGAGGCUGCUCUGCCCUUUGGGGAGCCCGGCCGAAGCGCCUUUCCACGUUCAGUCCGACCCCCAGAGGACUUUCUUCGCCGUACUGGCCCCAGCUCGCCUCAGCAUCUGGUACAGUCGGCCCAGUGUAUUAAUUGUAACCUACAAGGAACCUGCAAAAUCGUCUUCUCAGUUUGGGUCCUACAAUCAAGCUGAAUGGAGGCCAGAUAGUACCAUGAUAGCUGUGUCAACGGCAAAUGGCUACAUCUUGUUUUUUCACAUAACAUCUACAAGAGGGGACAAGUACCUUUAUGAACCAGUGUAUCCCAAAGGAAGCCCACAAAUGAAAGGUACACCCCAUUUUAAGGAAGAACAGUGUGCUCCAGCAUUAAAUUUAGAGAUGAGGAAAAUACUGGAUUUGCAAGCACCCAUCAUGAGUUUGCAGUCUGUGCUGGAAGAUCUCCUGGUUGCUACUUCUGAUGGACUUCUUCAUCUUAUUCACUGGGAAGGAAUGACAAAUGGGAGGAAAGCUAUUAAUCUUUGUACAGUACCCUUUUCAGUAGACCUGCAGUCAUCUAGAGCAGGUUCAUUCCUGGGUUUUGCAGAUGUGCACAUUAAAGACAUGGAAUACUGUGCCACACUUGAUGGAUUUGCUGUUGUGUUUAAUGAUGGUAAAGUUGGAUUUAUUACACCAAUGUCAAGUAGAUUUACUGCAGAGCAGCUUCAUGGAGUUUGGCCACAAGAUGUUGUUGAUGGAACUUGUGUAGCAGUAAAUAACAAGUAUCGACUGAUGGCAUUUGGUUGUGCAAGUGGUUCUGUACAGGUUUAUACAAUAGAUAACACCACUGGAGCCAUGCUGCUGUCUCAUAAACUAGAGUUAACAGCAAAACAGUAUCCUGACAUUUGGAACAAAACAGGAGCUGUUAAGUUGGUCAGAUGGUCUCCUGACAAUAGUGUUGUGGUAGUGACCUGGGAAUAUGGAGGCCUUUCUUUAUGGAGUGUAUUUGGAGCCCAGCUGAUUUGUACACUUGGAGGAGAUUUUGCUUAUAGGUCAGAUGGUACCAAAAAAGAUCCCCUUAAAAUCAACUCCAUGAGCUGGGGUGCUGAAGGCUAUCACCUCUGGGUAAUCAGUGGAUUUGGUUCUCAAAAUACUGAAAAUGGGUCUGACUCCAAGAGUAUAGUUAAACAGCCUGGUAUUCUACUGUUUCAGUUUAUCAAGAGUGCACUCACUGUAAACCCUUGUAUGAGUAACCAAGAGCAAGUGUUGCUUCAGGGGGAGGAUCGAUUGUACUUAAACUGUGGAGAGGCCUCACAGAGCCAGAAUCCCAGGAGUUCUUCAGCUCACUCUGAUCACAAAACCCGUCGGGAAAAGAGCCCCUUUGCAGAUGGCAGUUUAGAGUCUCAGAGUUUAAGCACUUUACUUGGUCAUCGGCAUUGGCAUGUAGUACAGAUUUCCAGCACCUAUCUAGAGAGCAAUUGGCCUAUACGGUUUUCAGCUAUUGAUAAACUUGGCCAGAAUAUUGCUGUUGUUGGCAAGUUUGGUUUUGCACAUUACUCUUUACUCACCAAAAAAUGGAAGCUUUUUGGAAACAUUACCCAGCUCAGAGUGUAUUUGCGAACCUCAAAUCUGGACAAUGCUUUUGCUCAUGUCACCAAAACACAAGCAGAAACAUUACUGCUUAGUGUUUUCCGGGACAUGGUAAUAGUUUUUCGAGCAGACUGUUCAAUAUGCCUUUAUAGUAUUGAAAGAAAAUCUGGUGGUCCAAAUACUGCUGGUAUUCAGGUUCUUCAGGAAGUAUCCAUGUCACGCUACAUUCCUCACCCUUUCCUGGUGGUAUCUGUCACUCUGACAUCAGUGAGUACAGAGAAUGGAAUCACCUUGAAGAUGCCACAGCAGGCUCGUGAUGCAGAGAGCAUUAUGCUAAAUCUGGCAGGACAGCUCAUCAUGAUGCAGAGGGACAGGUCUGGCCCUCAGAUCCGAGAGAAGGACAGCAACCCUAACCAAAGGAAACUUUUGCCAUUCUGUCCUCCUGUUGUACUAGCCCAGUCUGUUGAAAAUGUCUGGACCACAUGUCGCGCAAAUAAACAGAAGCGUCACCUGUUGGAGGCCCUCUGGCUGAGCUGUGGUGGUGCCGGGAUGAAAGUCUGGCUCCCUCUUUUCCCCAGGGAUCACCGCAAGCCCCAUUCCUUCUUGUCCCAGCGGAUCAUGCUGCCUUUCCACAUAAAUAUCUACCCCCUGGCUGUUCUGUUUGAAGAUGCAUUAGUCCUUGGUGCUGUCAAUGACACUCUGCUCUACGAUUCUCUGUAUUCUCGGAACAGUGCUAGGGAACAGCUGGAGGUGCUCUUCCCUUUCUGUGUCGUGGAGAGAACCUCUCAGAUCUACCUCCAUCACAUUCUGCGUCAGCUGCUGGUGAGGAACCUCGGGGAGCAAGCUCUGCUCUUAGCCCAGUCCUGUGCCGCGCUGCCUUACUUUCCCCACGUGCUGGAGCUCAUGCUCCAUGAAGUGCUGGAAGAAGAAGCUACCUCACGGGAGCCCAUUCCCGACCCUCUGCUUCCCACGGUGGCAAAAUUUAUCACCGAGUUCCCGCUCUUCCUGCAGACAGUUGUUCACUGUGCCAGGAAGACUGAGUAUGCCCUGUGGAACUACCUGUUUGCAGCUGUUGGAAACCCCAAGGACUUGUUUGAAGAAUGUUUGAUGGCUCAGGAUUUAGAUACUGCUGCGUCUUACCUUAUUAUCUUACAGAACAUGGAAGUUCCAGCAGUAAGUAGGCAACAUGCCACCCUUCUUUUCAACACAGCCCUGGAACAAGGCAAGUGGGACCUGUGUCGACACAUGAUUCGAUUUCUGAAAGCCAUUGGCUCUGGAGAAUCUGAGACGCCCCCAUCCACACCUACAGCUCAGGAACCCAGUUCAAGUGGUGGUGGAUUUGAGUUCUUCAGGAAUCGAAGCAUCAGUUUAUCCCAGUCAGCUGACAGUGUUCCUGCUAGUAAAUUCAGCUUACAGAAAACACUAAGUAUGCCAUCUGGUCCUUCUGGAAAAAGAUGGAGCAAAGACAGUGACUGUGCUGAGAACAUGUAUAUUGAUAUGAUGCUCUGGAGACACGCUCGGCGUCUCUUAGAAGAAGUUCGGCUAAAGGAUCUCGGCUGCUUUGCAGCCCAGUUGGGCUUUGAACUCAUUAGUUGGCUGUGCAGGGAGCGUACCCGUGCUGCCCGAGUAGACAACUUCGUGUUGGCCCUGAAGAGGCUCCACAAAGAUUUCCUUUGGCCACUUCCCAUCACCCCAGCUGCUUCUGUCAGUUCUCCUUUCAGAAACGGAAAAUACCGAACAGUGGGAGAGCAGCUGUUAAAGUCACAGUCAACUGACCCAUUUUUAAACCUCGAGAUAGAUGCUGGUGUCUCUAACGUCCAACGAAGUCAGAGCUGGCUCAGCAACAUUGGCCCUGCUCAUCAAGAAAUAGACACAGCUUCAUCUCACGGGCCACAGAUGCAAGAUGCCUUCCUGUCACCUUUAUCUAAUAAAGGUGAUGAAUGCAGUAUUGGUUCAGCCACGGACUUGACUGAAAGUAGCUCCAUGGUGGACGGAGACUGGACAAUGGUGGAUGAAAAUUUCUCCACACUCAGUUUAACCCAGUCAGAGCUGGAGCAUAUCUCCAUGGAGUUGGCGAGUAAAGGGCCUCACAAAUCCCAGGUCCAGCUUCGGUAUUUGCUGCACAUCUUCAUGGAGGCAGGAUGUCUGGACUGGUGCAUUGUUAUAGGCCUGAUUCUUAGAGAAUCCUCAAUAAUCAACCAGAUUUUGGUUAUUAUACAGUCUUCAGAGGUAGAUGGAGAGAUGUUACAGAACAUAAAGACAGGGCUGCAUGCUGUGGACCGAUGGGCCUCCACAGAUUGUCCUGGAUAUAAGCCAUUUUUAAACAUCAUUAAGCCACACCUGCAGAAGCUUAGUGAGAUAACAGAAGAGCAGGUUCAGCCUGAAGCCUUCCAGCCGAUGACUGUGGGUAAGACUCCUGAACAGACUAGUCCCCGGGCAGAGGAGAACAGGAGCUCCUCGGGCCAUGGGAGCAUCCCCCAGGGCGAGGUCGGAGGCAGCAGUUUGGUCAGCCGGAAAGAAGAGGACACAACUCGAGCAGAGGAGGAGGAACCUUUUCAAGAUGGGACUUACGACUGUUCUGUGUCCUAACAACAGUGAGUACCGUCACCACGGGCAGUAUUAAUUAGCAUCAGCGUGCAGCUGAGGACACUGUGACCUAGCUGGAAAAUUUAACCAGGGAGAGAACACAGUUCAGAGACUCUGGUAAGGUGUUAUUAAAUUUUAACCUUUUCCUCUACGAAACCUUGAGUCCAUAAAAAUGUGAUAUCAAAAAAAAUAUCAUCUUUCAUAAAAGUUUUUUUUUACGCUGCAGUGGAAAGUUGUACAGAAUAUUGUACAGAUGUAUAUGCGAACAUUUUGGUUUUCUUAAAGAUUGGUAACUCUUAAACCACAGGGAUUGUUUUGCCCCAGAUGAGCUUACUUUUUCACUACUUAAAGCUUCCUAUGUUUUCUGGUUCAGCGUGUGUUCCAGACUGCUUUUUAAAAAUAAAUGCUAAGGUGCUUGCUGUAGCUCAUCAAGUACUUGAGCUACCUGUGUGCCCCCUGGAUCAAGAGCACUGGACUCCCUAACUGAGCCUCUGAAUAGAUGCCUGCCCCGGUAUAACAGGUACCUGUAAGAUGCUCCUCUUCUAGCCUGUUAAUCCCGGUCCUCAAUUGAUGGAAGCUAUUUACCUGUGUCAGUGUGCCUGCUUUUUGUCUAGCUUGGUUCCUACUAGGGGAGUGUAGGCAGAGGCCUGAGGAGUUCUUAUCAAUUAUGCUAUUAGAUACCACUGAACUAUUUUGUAUCAAAGAAUCGUAUCUUUUUGUGAAUAAUUUUGUGUAAAUAUACUCAAAGGCACUGUUCCUAUUUUUAGGGCUUGUACCAUAAUUUGUAAGGUUUUAUGCUGGAUUCUGCAUGGCUAUAGAUACUCACUCUUAGAACAAAGACAGGGCUUGCUCUUCUUUCCAGAUACAAGCACUCUUCAUAGAGGAAGACAGAUUUAUUGGCUUGGUCAUAAGGUAACAGAAAUGGUCACACUGAUCAUGAAAUGAAACAGGUUUUGUGCAAAUUAAUGUAGUUUCUUAUUUAUUGCUUUUGUAAAUUGAAUAAAAAUGAACUAUGUAAAUAGACUGCUGAAUCCUGUAUUAUCACGGCUACUAAAAAUUAGUAUGUAAAGAAUGCAUUCUUCAUCAUAACUUUAUAAAUAUUUUAUGUAUUUCUAGAUAUGACUUAAAUCUUAGUUUUCAUACAUUAUGAAAACACAGUUGUAGACUCAGUUGCUUCAGACUAAACACAUAUCCACUGUAUGUAUAUCAAUUACCUUAUAACAGUAUUAAUUUAGAUAGCUUGUUUGUACUGUGCAAUUUGAACAAAGGAAUGCAAUGUUAUUUUUUACAAAAACAAACUUAUUUUUAUAAUAACAACGUAUUUGAUGUGGACCAAAUUCAUACCACUAUGUAAAACAGCCUCUCCUCUCAUAGUGCAAUUUACAGUUUAGAAAUAAAACUUGGUCCUCUAUCCUUGCUUUUUAAAAUUAAUGGCUAGAUUUAGUUGUCCUAGCCAGGUUUCCUUUGAAGGGAAACUCAAAUUUGAAAAAUGUUUGUUUAAAAGUCAUCAGCGGUUUUAAAUUACUGAGUUUGAUAAUUUACUAUCACUUACUUUUCACAUUACAAGUGCAAUACUUUCACAUACUAAAACUCCUGAAUGGGUGGAAUAUGUGAUUACUGGUACCUGGCCCUUCUGGUGCUAUGUUUAUUUAAGCCUUUGUUUUAAACCACCUUUCCCUAAAUCUUAAGAUAGAUAAAUGUUUCCCAUGUGAGUCCAUGCAGCCCAGCAAGAAACUGGAGAAAUUCUUCUCCUGUCCUAGUCCAUUAUGAGAACAGGACUAGCAUUACUUUUGUGUUUGGUGUGAGUAUUUAGUCAAUAAAAAUGAUUCGCCAUUGUAAACAGCCAUGAUCUUUUCAGAUAUCCUAAUGUGCUGCUGGGUUCAUCUUGCUCUCUUAAAAGCAGGACGCCAUUAAGUUAACCAUAUUCCUCUGGUUAAUGCCAUGACCGAAACUUUUCUUGUAUAAAAUACUUGUUUUGCAACCAACAGAUAAUAGGUGGCCCCAAGGCAAAAAGAUUGGCAGCUUUACAGAAAAACUUUCCUUUGGUAGUUUGUUAUAUACUUUAAUUUUUUAAAUCAUAUUUUAAUUUUGCCUUGUUUGGAUCACGUAUUUGACUGUUUAAGCCAUAUUUAACCAAUGAAUUUAAAUAUUCAAUAUAACUAUUUGACGUUUAAAUUAUUUGCUGAUACCAAAACAAGAAGUUAUUUGGGGGUAGAGUCAACCUUUGCUUGUAAUUAAAAGUUGCUGCUACUUCUGUAAUGUGUAUUUUUUUUUUUUUAACUUGGUAAAGGGCAAUAAAACCAUUACAUGAACUUUUUGUUUAUUCAUCAAGUUAACAGCAAAAAGUGUAUGUAUUAAAAGUCAUACUUGCAUUACAUAA